GCUUCAACAGUCUCUUCAUCUACGAUCAUGUGCAAGGUCAAAAUCGGAAUCAAUGGAUUCGGCAGGAUUGGUAGGUUGGUGGCCAGAGUCGCUCUUCAGAGAGAUGAUGUUGAACUCGUUGCUGUUAACGAUCCAUUCAUCUCCACAGACUACAUGACAUACAUGUUCAAGUAUGACAGUGUCCACGGUCAGUGGAAGCACCGCGAAAUCAAGGUUAAGGAUGAAAAGACCCUUCUCUUUGGUGAGAAGCCCGUCGCUGUUUUUGGAAUUAGGAAUCCAGAAGAGAUCCCAUGGGGGGAGACUGGGGCUGAAUUCAUUGUGGAGUCAACUGGUGUCUUCACUGACAAGGAGAAGGCCGCAGCUCACUUGAAGGGUGGUGCUAAGAAAGUUGUCAUCUCAGCUCCCAGCAAGGAUGCUCCUAUGUUUGUUGUAGGUGUGAAUGAGAAGGAAUAUAAGCCUGAGCUUGAUGUUGUGUCCAAUGCUAGCUGCACUACCAACUGCCUUGCUCCCCUUGCAAAGGUCAUUCACGACAAAUUUGGAAUUGUUGAGGGUCUUAUGACCACCGUUCACUCCAUCACUGCCACCCAAAAAACUGUUGAUGGCCCAUCAAUGAAGGAUUGGAGAGGUGGAAGAGCUGCUUCAUUCAACAUCAUUCCGAGCAGUACUGGAGCUGCUAAGGCUGUUGGAAAGGUGCUGCCUACUUUGAAUGGAAAAUUAACUGGAAUGGCUUUCCGUGUACCUACGGUUGACGUCUCUGUAGUUGACCUUACGGUAAGACUGGAGAAGGCAGCCUCUUAUGAUCAAAUUAAAGCUGCUAUCAAGGAGGCAUCUGAGGGAGAGCUGAAAGGUAUCUUGGGUUUCACCAAUGAUGAUGUGGUUUCCACAGACUUUGUUGGUGAUAGCAGGUCUAGUAUUUUUGAUGCCAAGGCUGGUAUUGCUCUGAAUGAUAACUUUGUGAAGCUUGUCUCCUGGUAUGACAACGAAUGGGGCUACAGCUCCCGUGUUGUUGACUUGAUCAUCCACAUGUCAAAAACCCAUUAAGUUUGAUCGCACUGUUAGCCCGAUAUGCUCCACAUGCUUCCAGUUGUAGUGGAGACAAUGAGUAAAUCGGAAUAAUGUUUGUUGUACUAUGUCAAUAGUGUGCUAUUCUGCAGUAUUGGCUUUUUUGGUUAUAUGUUACUAGCUAAGUCAUCUGGCUUGUCCCAUGGUUUCGUUAAUGCUGGGUGUCGAUGUGGAUCCUAAACUCUAAAUACAUCGUUUUGUUAUACUAGUUUUGAAUCUGGACUGUGAUUUCCAAUAAUUUACCCUCUUCUAA